AGACAUUAUAAUCCAACUUGGAUGGAACAACUUCGUGACCUUAAUGACACCCAGCAACACGAGAGACACACAAGCAGCACAGGGGAGGAUCUGCAGCAAAGGGACCACCGGAAAUCAAACCUUGGCCGCCAUGAUGACGACAUGUGGCACUUGAGUGUGAAUCUAGCCUUUUCAUUUUUAUUUACAACAUUAGCAUUGAAAAGAGCAAAAGUAGUAUUCAUUUAAUCUGAACGAGUCACUUUGUUUUCACAUUUAUUGCUUUUCUUGACAUUUCUUUUCACACACAAUUUAUUGUAAUUCAUUGUGUCAGUUAGCGUAUUAAAUGACAUCUGCAUUAUAUAAAAAAAACGCCAUGGCCGUGUUUACAUGUCGUUUGCUGCUCUGCAGAUGCAGGUGAUGGAACAGCUCACGCGCUCCGGGAGGCGACUGGAGGUGAACGGUCUGCAGGUCUACGCGGAGCUCACCUGCAUGGACAUCGACCCGCCACGGGAGGGCGCUACAGACUCACUAUCUAAACAAGCUCCUCGGCAAGACCUCCUUGUUCUGGAUACAAACGUUCUGAUCAGUCACCUGGAUUACGUGAAGAAGAUCAAAGCCCACGGCCUUGGAGCCGUGGGCUUCCCCAUCGUGCUGAUCCCCUGGGUGGUCCUGCAGGAGCUGGACUCCCUGAAAAAGAGGCGGGGCACGUCGAGCUCCGUGGCCCGCCGGGCGCCUCUCGCCAUGUCGUACAUCAACGCAUGUCUGAAGAAGCGGGAGCCCAAGCUGUGGGGCCAGUCCAUGCAGCAGGACGUCGCCAUCAGCAGUGAGUGA